AAACGAAAAAAAAAAGUAGUUAUCUCUUUGAAUAAAAAAUGAAAAGCAAGUAAAAAGAAAAAGUGGAAGAAUGCACUAAGUGAAGAUCACGGGUUGUGAGUCUUGUGAGUCAUAUCUCAUUUAAGAUCAUCAACAUCAUCAUCUUCUUGCAAACCAUUAUAUAAGCACUUUCAUGCACAAUGCAUUCCUUCGUCAAACCUCACAAGAAUCACAUUCCCUCACUCUUUCUCUACCCUAACAUCACUUCUUCUUGAAAACAGUUCUAAGGUAGGUGUCAGAGAAAAAGAGAGUCCUCAAACUCUAUUUUUUCCACCAAAAAAAAAAAAAACUUCUCAUAAUCACCAUAUAAAACACCACCACUACAAAAAUGUUAAAGCACAAUCACAGUCUCAAGCACUUUCUUCUCUUUCUUUUCUUCUUCGUCACUUCCACCACAGCAGCAACCGGCGGAAGGAAGCUCCUUUUCGACAUGUCAAGCGGCGGUGCACCGUCCUCCGGAAACCCCACAGGGGGCACUGGUUCUGGCCGUGGUGCAAACUGGGAAUACAGCUGGGGAUGGGGCUCCGCACCCGGCACCGGCUAUGGGUUUGGAUCAGGUUCGGGUCGUUCUCCCACUGGUUUUGCCAGAGGAUAUGGAUAUGGAUAUGGAUCCGGUUCUGGGUCUGGCUCCGGAUAUGGAUAUGGCUGGGGUAGUGGUGGUGCUCGUGGCGGUGGUUAUGGGUCUGGAAAUGGUUCGGGGAACUCUGGUGGCGGUGGCUACGGUGGAGGAAAUGGUGGUGGUGAUAAUAAUCGGAUUCCAUCGGCAUCUAAGAGCAAAAGCAACCAUGGGUAAAUUAUUGUAACAUGGAGCUAUAUAUAUAAAGAUAUAUAGCUAGCUAUGUGAUAGAGUAUAACAUUACUAUAUCUAUAAUUACUAUGUUAUAUAUGAAAAGAAAAAUGAAUGGUGGAAGGUUAAGAGGUUCCGAGUGUAGAAUUUUAAGAUGCAAAACUUUUUUAUAAAUAAAAUGGUUUAUUUUCUUACA